AUGGCGGAGGCUGCAGGUCUUGUUCUUGCAGUCCCUGGCGUCAUCUCUCUGCUUUGUCAUUAUGGGCAGAAACUUUACCAGAAGAUACAGGACCAUAAAAGAUUCGAAGAUGUCGUCCAACAAUUACGACUGUUCGAGAUCCCCGAGAAACGGAUGCAGCUGGAGAUCGAUAUUCAGCUGGCGCAAAAGGUUCUCAAGAGCCCCAACAUCACCCCGGACCACAAAUCACGGCUCAACGGUAAUUUCAAUCGGAUCGUAGAGCUUAUCCAGCGCAUGGAUGACCUCGUCGAAGCAGUGGGGACGAACACUUCCAUCUUCUCCAAGAUGAAGAACAAAGCUGCAAGGAAUGAUCUGAAGGAUAUAGGAAGCACAGGCAAGCUUUCGAAUGCUGUCAUGGAAUUCCACACGGUUGUAACAAGCCUCCGGAUGAUUGAGACCGACGAGUCUCCGGACUUUCUCCAACACCAAGAUUUUACGGUGAUCGAUUCCCGAGAUCGGCAAUACGGGCCGAACCGCGACGUGUUCCUGUGCAAGGGCCGACUUACCCACCCUACACAGACGGUCAGCACGGAAGUUUCUUGGUUUCUACAUGAACAAAAGGAAUACACUCCUUCGACCAAGGAUGCUGUCAAACAGGACGUUCGAGAACUUGCUCAGAAACUGUCCCAGGCUCAGCCCGGCAAUGGAAUCCUGCCUCUCCUGGGAUUCCGCGGAUGGCCAAAUGAAAAUGGUCAAGAGGGGGCAUUCGAGCUUAUUUUCCACGGAAAUCUGACCAGAGACUUUCCGGCGACCCUAUCGAGCUCGUAUCGGACACAGCCCCGCUUACCAUCACUGAACUACCGCAUGGGCAUAUGCUACCAGCUUGCUUCUGCUGUCCUUCAAACUCACACGUUAGGACUAGUGCACAAGAAUAUUCGACCUGACAACAUCAUUCUGAUAAAUACUGGCGAUGGCGGGGAUCCAACACUCUUCCUGAUCGGAUGGCAGUACGCACGACGCUCCGAGAACCCAGUGACCUUCCUCCACGGGGAUACCUCCAUCGAGAAGAAGAUCUACCGGCACUCAGCCCGUCAAGCGCCACUGGCCGAGAGAGCAUACACAAUGGCCGACGACAUCUAUAGUUUGGGUGUUUGCAUGUUGGAAGUCCUGACUUGGAAGCCUCUUAUUGUUCCCGGACGCCAUUCACGCCUAUCCGAGCAGUUUUGGGAGACCUUUCAUGGCCUGGACAUCUCCGACGAUAGUCAAAGUAUCGGAGAGGAAGACGGAAGCGAAGCAGCCCUAUCACCGGGGCAUAUCCAGAGGACUUUGGUACGCAUGAGCGAGGAAUACGUACCGGCAAUGUCAGGGAUGAAGAUGGCGCUGCUUAUCAAAUCGAUGUUGACACAUCUGGAUGACGAGGACAGGAACGAUUUCAAGGUGACGGUGGAAAAGAAUAACCGGGAAGUUGCGCUGGAGUUCGUUGAUGGGAUUCUCAAAGUAAUUCGAGACAUCCAGACAAUUAUUUAG